GAGGCGCUACGCACUGGGGGCGGGGCUUCCGGGCCCAGAGUCCAGGCUAGAGCCGUAGGGCGCCGUCGCUUAUCAGCCAUUGGAGGCGAGGUUAAGCGGCCAGGAUGGGCGGGGCCUAGCAGCGUCCUGGGUUAUGAGGGGCGAGUAAAUGGAGACGCUGAAUUUAGCGAGGGGAGGACGCUCCCAAGCACCGAGGGUCUGAAGAGAGCGGCGUUACGCGCGGGGGCGGGGCUUUGCGUCCUCUCGGAGGUCGGUGCGGCGAGGGGCGGGAUUGGGCUCUCAUGCGUCAAGAUGGCGGCGUUUACAGUUGGUGGAGCGGCUGCCAAUGUGUUCCCGUUCCGAGACGCCCGCGCCGCGCCGGAUCCGGUGCUGAAGGCCGGCCCGAUAACACACGGGCCGCUGCCGGUGCCGCUGGUGCUGGACAACGGGUCGUUUCAGACGCGCGCCGGCUGGGCAUGUUCUGGGCCGGACCCGGGCCCGGAGCCGCGCCUGCAGUUCCGCGCGGUGUGCGCUCGCGGGCGUGGCGGGGCGCGGGGCGGUCCGGGUCCGCAGGUGGGCAACGCGCUGGGCAGCCUGGAGCCGCUGCGCUGGAUGCUGCGCUCGCCCUUCGACCGCAACGUGCCGGUCAAUCUGGAGCUGCAGGAGCUGCUGCUAGACUACAGCUUCCAGCACCUAGGGGUCUCCUCACAGGGCUGUGUUGAUCAUCCUAUAGUUUUGACGGAAGCCGUGUGCAACCCCCUGUAUUCACGGCAGAUGAUGUCGGAGCUUCUUUUUGAGUGCUAUGGGAUUCCAAAGGUUGCUUACGGAAUAGACAGCCUCUUCAGCUUCUACCACAAUAAGCCAAAGAACUGGAUUUCCAGUGGGCUCAUCGUUUCAUCUGGAUAUCAGUGUACACAUAUUUUGCCCAUCUUAGAAGGGAGGUUAGAUGCUAAAAACUGCAAACGCAUCAAUCUUGGAGGAAGUCAAGCAGCCGGCUACCUCCAGCGUCUCCUCCAGCUGAAGUAUCCUGGGCACCUGGCAGCUAUCACUCUCAGCCGCAUGGAGGAGAUCCUCCAUGAGCACAGCUACAUCGCUGAGGAUUAUGUAGAAGAAUUGCAGAAAUGGCGAUGCCCUGAUUAUUAUGAGAACAACGUCCACAAGAUGCAGCUCCCUUUUUCCAGCAAGCUCCUCGGCAGCACUCUGACUUCUGAGGAGAAACAGGAAAGGCGGCAGCAGCAGCUCCGGCGGCUACAGGAGCUCAAUGCCCGUCGGCGGGAGGAGAAGCUGCAGCUUGACCAGGAGCGGCUGGACAGACUGCUCUAUGUGCAAGAGCUUCUAGAGGAUGGUCAUAUGGAUCAGUUUCACAAAGCUCUGAUAGAGCUGAACAUGGACUCCCCAGAAGAGCUUCAGUCCUACAUACAAAAGCUCAGUUCGGCAGUGGAGCAAGCCAAGCAGAAAAUCCUUCAAGCAGAAGUCAGCCUGGAGGUGGAUGUGGUUGACAGCAAGCCAGAGACCCCUGAUCUGGAGCAGCUAGAGCCGUCUCUGGAAGAUGUGGAAAGCAUGAACGAUUUUGAACCCUUGUUUUCAGAGGAGACGCCUGAAGUGGAGAAACCAGUUACUACAGUCCAGCCCGUAUUUAACUUGGCAGCGUAUCAUCAGCUGUUUGUUGGAACAGAAAGAAUUCGAGCUCCAGAAAUUAUUUUCCAGCCAUCCCUCAUAGGAGAAGAGCAGGCUGGAAUUGCUGAGACCCUUCAGUAUAUGCUGGAGAGGUAUCCAAAGGGUGUUCAGGAUAUGCUGGUUCAGAACAUUUUCCUCACUGGUGGGAACAUGAUGUAUCCUGGGAUGAAAGCCAGGAUUAAGAAGGAAUUAUUGGAGAUGAGACCCUUCCAGUCUGCUUUUCAGGUUCAACUUGCCUCUAACCCCGUGCUGGACGCCUGGUAUGGUGCUCGUGACUGGGCCUUGGACCACCUGGAUGAUGAUAAAGUCUGGAUCACCAGGAAGGAAUAUGAAGAAAAGGGAGGAGAGUACCUGAAGGAGCACUGCGCUUCCAACAUCUACGUCCCCAUCUGCCUCCCGAAACAGGCUUCUAGGUCCUCAGAAGCUCAGACGUCCGGCAAAGGCUUGGGGGCCAGUGGCAGCAGUGCUGGCGAGCAGGCUUAGCAGAGGGGCCCCUCUGGGGAGUCGGCACUGUGCACAGUGCCCUUUGGCCAGUGGGACAUGACUGUGAGUGCUAGAUGUAUCUGGUCCGAGUCUGGUGUUAACAGUUGGCUGUUAAAUGGAUUUCUCCUGGGGAGAAGAGUUUAGGAACACUGGGAGUUACCCCUUAGAACUGUGUUCACAUUGGAGCUUCUGGAAUGAAGAAGCUUAAGGUGACCUUGUGGUGUUUUUGUAGAAUCUUGGAUGAACUGUGGCCCCAGCUUUCCAGUGGCUUUCUGCAGCAGUGAAUGAAGACAGGAUGGAGGACAGAAAUACACAAAAUGUACAAGACUUAUUUCUUACUGCAUUUUAAAGCCUUCUUUGUUUUAAAAAAGUAUUUUAAAAUUUAUAUUGUCACUGUAGACAUUUUAUUCUUCUAAAUUUAUUCAGAAAUUGUGUGAAUGCCCAGCAGGGGGAGGUCUUUCAUGUGUAUGAAAAGGUAGUAUUUAUGUAAUAAAAGCAGUCACCCAUGAAAUCUCAGGAGCUGGAAAUAUUUCCCUCCUCUUAUUGUUUUCCCUUAAAAAUAAGGGGAAAAAAGACCCAGAGAAAGUAACCAACUUGUGCAAAGUUACUAUUCUGUUUGUUAGAGGCCUGCAACUUACAUUCAUAUUUUCUUUCUGGAAACUUUUCACUGUAGAAGUCCUUCUUGCAGUUUUUAAAAUUUCUGUCCCUGUGAGUUUCUUCGCUGCUUAACUUUGUCAGAUCUUUUUGAACGAAGAGACUGGAGAAGAUUAAUCAUGUAGCCUUUUUAAUUUUGCCAUAACCUCACAACCUGUUUGCCCUCAGAGCUUGAUGUUAAAUGGACAAAUAACCCUUUAGUUUUACAGAAAUUGCUUGUUGAGAAUUUUAACACCCUAGAAUUGAGUCCAUAAGUCCCCUGAGCUGUUAACAGCAUGCCAUAGAAUUCACACAUUUAAAACAGCAUGGAGCCCUUAGCCCACCCAAUAUCCAAGGGUGAUCAUCUGGAUCUCCAGCUCUCAAAAGUUUAGUAGCUGCAGACCAGGAGGCGGCAGUGGUGGUAGUGUAGAAAGCCCAAGCCAACUUAAGAUCUCCGAGGCAGCUGUUUUCCAGCCUACUCUACUUAUAGACGUGCUUGCCUUGCUAGCCUCUCUAGAUCCUAGAGAUCUGGGGAUUGUUUAAUCAGAAAUGGCCAUACCUUCUGGAAAACCUGGUAUGAGAUAGUAGAGGGUCUGUUCACCAAGCAUUUUGUAAUCUGAACAACCUUCUAAGACUCUUCAGCAAAAAUUGGAGGGGAUUUCCUUUUCUUUCCCCAGUUUGGGCCACCUUUUGGGGACUGUCUGGCAGGAAGUGGGAGAUAAAGGGGAAGAGGAUCUUUCCUUGUCCACUUGUCUCUCAGCUCAGAUAGAAUUCUUGGGAAUGCUUAAGAGGGUGAGAGAGGGGACUUUACCUUCUGGUUCAUGCCCAGCUUAGCCUUUUGGAAAUGUCUCAGAGGAAAUGGGAGUGGGAUGUUUCUGGCAGCCAUUCCUCAGCCUGGACAACGUUCUGUUUCCACAAGAAUAGGUAGAUGAAUUCAACUGCCUAGCGCUUUCCAGCCUGUGUAACAGUCUGAUAAUCACCUGGCCAGACUGGGGUAUCUUAUCCUGGCAGCCAUCUCACAGCCUGGGCAUCCACCUGGGGGUGGCCUGGGAUUCAGGUUGAAGGGCAUUCUCCAGCCUGGACAAAUUUCUUUCAUCUCCUUAGCUAUAGUCAAGGGGGAAGGGGACUUUAUCUGGGGCCCAUUCCCCAUCUUGGGACAUUUAGCAGCAAUUUGGAUUGAGUUUCAUCUGAAGUGUUAAACUCUAAGGCUUUCCAGUUGGACCAGUGAAGUCCAUGCCCUGAUCACUAUUUGUAGAAAAGGGUAUUCCAAGUGUAUGAACAAAGUCCUUUGGUUCAUAGUGACUUUCUCAACCUUGUCAUAGGCAUUCCUUCAGCUGUUCUGAAAAGGUACAAUCAAAUGCUAAAGUAUACUCAAGAAUAACAUUUCUUCAUCUGAAUAAAAUCAACCAGAAUAUUUACAAAAAUC